AUGCUAUCAAUUGGACGAUCUCGGUUCCUGCUGCACAGAUCAUGGAGGCCAUUGAUACGAAGGAACCAUCAGCAGGUGAACGCUUCGAAGCUUAAAUCAAUACAGGAUCGCAUCGAAAGGAUUCCAAUUGAAGACUACAGGAACUUCUCAAUUGUUGCACAUGUGGACCACGGGAAAUCGACCCUCAGUGAUAGACUAUUGGAGAUCACCGGUGUUAUUAAGCCUGGUGAGAACAAACAAGUGCUCGAUAAGCUGGAAGUAGAGAGAGAACGUGGGAUUACGAUUAAGGCACAAACUUGUACGAUGUUUUACCACGAUAAAAGGUACGGCAAGGACUAUCUGCUGCACCUUGUCGACACUCCUGGACACGUUGAUUUUAGAGGUGAAGUUUCGAGAUCAUAUGCAUCCUGCGGCGGUGCGCUUCUAUUGGUAGAUGCUUCGCAAGGUGUUCAGGCUCAAACUGUGGCUAACUUUUACUUAGCGUACAGUAUGAAUCUCAAACUGAUACCUGUAAUUAACAAGGUUGACCUGGACAUUGCAGAUAUUGCACAAGCAGAAGAUCAAAUCGAGAAUACUUUUGAAUUAUCAAAGGAUGAUAUAAUAAAGGUUAGUGCCAAAACGGGUCUGAAUAUUUCCAAAGAUCUAUUACCAGCCAUUAUUGAUCGCGUCCCCCCACCUACGGGAUUUAAAGAUAAACCUUUCAGGGCUCUUCUAGUGGAUUCUUGGUACGAUUCUUACGUUGGAGUUGUUCUACUGGUCCAUGUAGUUGAUGGAUCAGUCAGGAAAGGUGAUAGGAUCUCCAGUGCCCAAACUAGCAAAAAAUACGAGGUCAAAGAGAUUGGUAUCAUGUAUCCGGAUAGGACUCCGACUAAUUCUUUGUCAACCGGGCAGGUUGGAUAUAUAGUUCCAGGCAUGAAGGCUUCACAGGAUGCGAAGGUCGGAGACACGCUGAUGCAUGUUGGUCGUGAACAGGAGACUGAGACUCUACCCGGGUUUGAGGAAACGAAACCAAUGGUGUUUGUUGGCGCUUUCCCAGCCGAUGGGACAGAGUUCAAGGCGCUUGAUGAUGAUAUCAGCAGGCUGGUAUUAAACGACAGAUCUGUCUCCCUGCAAAGAGAGACAUCGAAUGCUUUGGGCCAGGGUUGGAGACUAGGUUUUCUGGGGUCAUUGCAUGCAUCUGUAUUUCGUGAGAGGUUGGAGAAAGAAUACGGCUCCAAGUUGAUCAUUACGCAGCCAACCGUGCCUUACCAAAUCCAGUUUAAUGACGGCACACAAAGGGUCAUCACCAACCCCGACGACUUUCCGGAUCUUGCCUUGCGCAGAUCGAAGAUUGAAUCAUUCAAAGAACCAUUUGUCGAAGCAAUUAUGACUCUGCCUCAAGAGUAUCUCGGGAAUGUGAUCAAACUAUGCGAUGGCAACCGUGGGCAGCAAAUUGAGAUCACUUAUCUGAAUAUGACAGGCCAGGUACUUCUGAAAUAUCAUUUACCAUUAGCUCACCUUGUUGAUGACUUCUUUGGGAAGCUGAAAUCAGUCUCCAGAGGCUAUGCGUCUCUUGAUUACGAAGACAUCGGUUAUAAAGAUUCAGACGUAAUUAAGUUGGAGCUGUUGGUUAACGGAAAAAGCGUUGACGCUUUGGCUCAGGUUAUGCAUAGAUCUCAGGUCGAGCGUGUUGGAAGAGAAUGGGUUAAAAAGUUCAAGGAAUUCAUAAAAGCACAACUAUACGAAGUUGUUAUUCAGGCGAGGGCCAAUAAUAAAAUCAUUGCCCGAGAGACUAUCAAAGCUAGGCGAAAGGAUGUCUUGGCUAAGCUGCAUGCUUCUGACGUCUCUCGAAGGAAGAAACUGCUAGUGAGGCAGAAGGAGGGAAAGAAACAGCUGAGAAGCAUCGGCAAUGUUCAGGUUAGCCAGGAAGCCUACCAAGCCUUUUUGAAACGAUGA